GCUUAGUCUCAUAUGAAAGACAAACGAUCAAAGAAGAGUAGGAAUAUGACAAUUGACGGAAAUAUAUUUUGAGGUUAGAAAAAAAUUUAAAGCGCUUGCUUCAAGAUAAAGCAAAUAACGGUAAUAAUAAACUAAGUAAAACAAAAAGAAAUAGUAUAAAAAAUAGCUUUUGUUGUCAGAAAUGAAGAGGAAUAUUGCAGAAAUAAUUUUGCUGCUUCGUAUUCGCCAUCGGCAGACCAACUGACUGCUAAAUUUCAGCAAUCUCCUACUUCCAAUAAAAUAAGGUUAUGUCACUUAUUCGUUUCGCAUUCUUUCGACUGAAAAACUACUUUACUUUAUCUGAGACAACAUUGCGGCUGAAAAGUUGCACAGCAAUUUGUUUUUAACUCGCCUAGUUGGCCAUGACUUUUUCACACAAGCAGCGAGUGACGAAGGAACAAAAGUACAUUUUUUCUAAAGCGAAGAUGGUGCGCAGCAUUUUCUCACAACGGUAUAAUUACGCCAGGAUACGCGUUAACGAGGCGUUGGAUGAUGUCUUUCGGCGCAUACCAAUUUUUCCGAAAAUCGCGAAGCUGCCGAAGCUGAAGCGCACCUACUACAUUGCGACACCGAAGCCGAUGGCCGAGAAGAAGAACAAGUUAAAGCCGAAGCACAAGAAAUUGCUGCCUUCUUCCGAGUGGUAUGACAGUGAUUUCAUACCGAUGACAACGCGCUAUGAACUCGAAAUAAUUUUGGAUACACCGCUUAUGGAACGCCAUUCGGGACACAACUCGAAAGGCACUUUCAGUCAUGUCUAUUGGAAGCCAGCCGAAGCGGAUGAAACAAACGCGCAGCUUACAGCAGCAGCCAACGCCAACGCCAGCAACGGUGAGUUGACGAGCAAAACUCAAGCUGACAAAUCGCUAUCGAUUGUGCAACCGUUGGCAGCAGCAACAAUAACAACCGGCAAUUCACUUACAGCCACAAACACUUCACCACAGUUUUCACAUGGUUAUAGUUUGAAAAAGGAGCCCACCGAGCAAGCAGCACCGAAAUUGUCUGAUGCGCCCAAAAGUUUGGCGGCCACCAGAGAAUCGCACGAUUUCGAGUUUGCAGUGCCGGAGCUGAGCAAACGUCGGCGCAAUAAACAUCUGGAGAAGAGCUACGAAUGUGAACAGUGCCACAAGAAGUUCGAUCGUCCUUGGGUGCUGCAUGGUCACAUGCGUCUGCAUACCGGCGAGAAACCGUUCGUGUGCCCGGUGGAAUCGUGCCAGAAGCGUUUUGCCGAUCGUUCGAAUUUGCGCGCUCAUCAGCGCACCAAAGGCCAUCACAACUGGAGCUAUCAGUGUCCGCAGUGCACCAAGGCGUUCAGCCAAGAGAACUAUUUAAGUCGUCAUAGUCUGGAGGCAUGUCGCAAGUUUUUAGCGUCGCAUAGAAACGGUUGAGUUGCAACCAAGGUUGCAUUUUGCUGCUUUUCGAUAUAGUAUUAUUUGUGGUUCCGUUGAUUUUUUGUAUAAUAGUACAUAUGUACUA